AUGACUGCCAGUCGUAUAUUUGCGUUGCUAAUAGGGAUUGACUCCUACAAAUCGGGAAAUGUUUGGAAUCUUCAUUCUUGCGUAGAAGAUGCCAAAAAAAUGAAGCGUUGGUUGGCGAACGAGCUGAAUGUCCCAAAAGAUCACAUAUGUCUUCUUCUGGACCACCAUGCCACGAAAAAUAAAAUAGAAGAUUCGUUCAUGGCGCACCUAGUCAACAAUCCUUCCAUUGAACCGGGUGAUUCCAUUUUUCUAUAUUUUGCGGGGCAUGGAAGUUGCAUGCCUGCUCCUGUUGGUUGGUUCCUUGGCCAAGAGGAGAAAAAGAAGGGAACUGUCGAAGUCCUUUGCCCUUACGACCACGACACUAAGUCCCAUCAUGGCCGGGUCUCAGGUAUCUCCGACCGCUCACUCUACGCCAUGCUUGACGACCUUGCCUCUGUUAAAGGGGACAAUAUUACACUCUUUUUCGAUUGUUGCUUUUCACCCAAUCAAAAUUCAGUUAACGAUCGCGAUCGCUCCAUCACUCGUUGGACCAAGACGACGAAGGCCACCUCAGAGGAUUUGUAUCGUGACCUAUGGGUCGGCGCUCGUGGCAAACUUCAAAACUCCAGUUAUGGGUUUUUCAAUCCGUUAUCUGUGCAUACGCUGCUGGCAGCAUGUCCGCCUGGGCACAAGGCUGUCGAGGGCAAAGAUGGAGGCCGUUUUACUUCAUGCUUCCUUGAAGCAGCAUCGCACAUGCCUCUUUAUCGCACAACAUAUACUGCUCUUAUCGACUACCUUCUCGAAAUCGAUGGGGAAUCUCAAAGAUUCGUCUGUUUUGGUAGUCAGAAAGGGAAGGUUUUAUUCAAUCAGGUACCAUUCACGCCCGAUAGCCUCUUUACCCCUACUACCUUCGAUAAAGUCUCCAAGUUGCUUAAGGUUAACCUUGGCACAAUUCAUGGCGUUGUCGAGGGCAGUGAAAUAUCUCUGCAUCUUCAUAACUACCGUUGUUCUUUCAAUCCACCGAUUGCCCUUUCAGUUGUUUCUGAAGUCAAUCCUACUAGCUGUGUCGCCCGGAUUAAACUUCAAAACAUCGACAUACCUGAAUUGUGCUGGGCGAAAGUCAUCCAGUGGAACAAUCGGCGGCCUUUUUGCGUCUAUUUUAAAUCGACACUUCUUUCUCUACUACGUAUAUUUAAACUGAAGAAGUCGUUUCCGAAAGAACAAGAUUCCGUGACUCCCUUCAAAAGUGGUGUCAGUAUCUCAAGGGUCACGAACCCCAAUACCGCAGACCUUUUACUCUCACUCAGACAGAGAUGCUCUGUACUUGCGCAGAAAAAUGCUGUGUAUCCUGAGAAGGAUCGUCAUUUUGUCGAGAUCGAAGAUAAGAGCCCACUUGCCGUUAUAGACGAUGCUGCUCGUUUCAAUCUUCAUCUUCUUCGUCACAAUGUCGAUAACCCUUUGCGGGACCUUGUAGAGAUGGAAAUUUCUCGUUUGGAUCCUAUUUCUUGGUCGAAGGUUGGGCAUAGUUAUCUCCUUAACGGAAGGGCGACGCUGAUUCACCAAAACGGAGCCGUCUAUGACAUCGCUCUUCACAACAAGUCCAAAAUUGAUAUAUGGCCAUAUCUAUUCUACAUGGACCCUAACUGCUACCGCAGCACCUUGAUAUAUAAACCAGAUUCCUAUCAGUGUGCACCUCUCCCGCGUGAUGGCUCUCUCAGUAUUGGGGCUGGUCGAUUUGGUGCGGAAGCUCUGUCCUCAGCAGGCAAAAAUAAUGUCAACCUUGCAUAUCUUAAACUUUUUCUAUCAUCCGUCCCAGUUGAAAUGGAGCUCUUGGAACAAGACCCACUCCCAUAUUGGAUUGAUCAGAAAACGCAAGUAGCAAGGAAUAUUCUCACGGAUUCCGGAAGAGAAAUAAUAUGGGAUACAGCACUUGCGUCUCUCACAUUCCUCAGACAUCCAGAUGGAAAUUCUUGA